CGCAGCUGCGCGUCGAAUCGAAUCUUGCAAUGACUGUGUUCGCAGUCCUUUUUCUUGCUGGAUGCUUCCCCAUUACAUUCCUUCGACGACCAUCCAGCAGCAUUAUCAUUGGCUUUGUUGGAGUUAGUAUUGUAAGAGAGCGGAGCGAUUGACCGAGGUAGUAUCCUCGAACGGAGACGGUCCUAGCAAGCUAGCUACCGGUUAGAACAGAAAUUCACAUUACGGAGUUGUGGCUUGUGCGAAAGAUCUCUGGCUAGAGACAUCGACCACGACAAGCAGGAUUGGAUCUUUUUCGGCGGUGCCCGUUAUUACGAUUGAUCCUUCGACUCGAUUUAAGAAAGCUACGACAGCUGCUACAACCAGCACGUUGAAUUGGUGAAGAAGAAGAAUUAACCGACAACUCGUUAAAAUGGCAUCACACGAUCUUUCCUUUGAUGUUUCCCACAAUGGUGUGGCUCAGCCUCCUUCCCAUGAUCAAAUGGCCAUGAGUGGACAAAUGGACGCUGGCAAUGGCAUGGGCGGCACUGGUGGAUCUGGCAUGCUGGAUCGACUCAAGACGGAAUCAGCCCAUCCCACUGUCUGCAUCUUUCACUGCUUGUUCAAAGCAGUCGCCAUGUUUCUGUACAUCUUUGGAGGUUGGUUCACCGGCAAUGGUCAAGGCGGGACCAGUGGAUCCAAAUUUAUCAUGCUGGCCGUGCUGUGCAUCCUCUUGUUGGCGGCCGAUUUUUGGGUGGUCAAGAACAUUACAGGACGGUUGUUGGUGGGUCUCCGAUGGUGGAACAAGGUGGAAGGCGAUACCACACGAUGGAUUUUCGAAUGUGCCGAUACUCUUCCCAAUGGAUCUACCAUUCAGCGCAACAAGUUUGAUUCCAACGUCUUUUGGAUGGUCCUCUACGUUACUCCCGUCAUCUGGGGUGGUUUGUUCAUUAUUGGACUCCUCAAAUUCGAGUUGGGAUGGUUGAUUCUUGUCGUCAUGGCUUUGGGCUUAAAUUGUGCCAAUGUUUACGGAUACUACAAAUGCAGCAAUGACCAAAAGGCAAAAUUCCAACAAAUGAUGCAGCAGGGAGCCCAACAAGGUGCGCUGGCCAUGGUUCGGUCGAGUGUUCUUGGGGCUUUGACAGGGACACCCGCAAAUGGUGCUGCAAGUCCAAGCAAUACAUAUGUGUAGGAAAACCAAUUCGGUCAACCACAAUUUAUUUUAGAGAGAGAACAAGAAGAAGAGUUCAUCCAUUGUCCUUCUUCUCAGGUUGGCAUGCUUAUUAUUGGUCGCUUCCAGUGCAUGCAUGCAUGCAUUAUACUAUACAUUCUUGGCCAUUGGUGUCGCUUUAAAAAUUCCAAGACGCAAACUCACUG